AUGAAAGAAAAAAAAACGCAGGCAUACACAGAGUGCAGGAAGAGAAUAACAAAAGUAAUGUCUGGUGAAGAAGUUUGCAUUAUUGUCAUUCCAAAUGAUCUACCUACUGAAGAGAAUGAUCACGAGCGAAACACUACUAAUAAUGUACAACACACAGAAGAAUAUCCAUGUCCUGAAUGUGAACAAUCCUUAGCCAGUCGGUUACGUUAUCAUACAAUUCCGAAAUUGAAACUACGGGAUACUAUUUGGAUUCCUACAGAUAGUAAUAGAAGCUUUUUGGUCAUUUGUUACACUGAACUGGGUCCUCAGUCUGAUGGUAUUCUCGAUGAGUUACGUCGCGCAGAAAUUGGUAUUCGUGAGGGAUCAAAAGUUUUUGUCAUCCCAUUGAGUUGUGCUUUGGGCAUACAAAAAAUUGUGGACAAACAAAAAACUUUACCGAAUAGUACAUCUGCAGAUGCCGUGGACGAACAAUCCCAUGAGAAUAAUUUACCUAAAACACCCUUGUCGAUCAAUCAUGGACUGUUUUAUCCAUUCCUGAAGAGUAUCCGGGCUCGGUUAACUGUACACAAAGUUCUUGGAGUCAUUCGACGUCAAAGUUCAUUUACAUUUGAUUAUUUCUUCUUUUGUAUAUUGGCUUCGGUACUUGCAUGCUUGGGUCUGUUGGAAAAUAACACGGUAGUUUUAGUAUGGAGCGCACUGCUUUCGCCAUUGAUGGGUCCUAUAAUGGGUUUUGUCAUCGGUAUGCGCACUCGUGACAAAAAAUUAUGGUCGGCUGGACUGAAGUCUGAAUGCUAUGGAAUCUUAAUCGGUAUACUAACGGGAUUUAUUUUUGGAUUGUGCAGCACUUGGUCCGAAACUAAAUGGGGUGGUAGUGAUUCGUUUCCGACCGAUGAAAUGCGCUCGCGAGGUGAUUAUCGACGUUUAUGGUUUGGUGCUUUGGUUGCGAUAGCCAGUGGUGCUGCAGCAGCUCUAUCCGUUCUAGGCGGCAACUUUGGUUCGUUGGUUGGAGUAGCGAUCAGUGCUUCUCUUCUUCCGCCGGCUGUCAACACGGGCUUAUUAUUUAGCUACAGUCUUUUAUCUUUUUCUCGAUCAAACAUCGGCCGCCAUCUUUCAAAACCAUCGAAUGCAACAACAUUCAAUUCGCUUCCUAGCUUUGUCAAUUGCACAGAAUUCGUCGACAAUAAAUAUGUACCUCUCUAUUCGUGUGAUAUGCCACAAGAAGCAGCACAGUUGGCUGUAUACUCGUUUAUUAUUACCUUAAUCAAUAUUGUCAGUAUUUGUGUGAUGGCAGUAUGCAUUCUACUUAUAAAGAAGGUGGCACCGAUAGUUCCAGACGAUGAAAUAACUCAAUUUUGGCACUCGGCAGAAUCGAAGAAAAUACGUACUCUCGCGAACAAUGAAGUCCAGAGUGUAACGGGUAAAGAAAAUGGUCAAGACCUGAUUGAAGCUUGGAAAAUCAUUCGUGAUGCUCAUCAAGAUCCAUAG